CGGGAGCCUUCGGACCGCGGGACAGCGAGCUUAGCUAUGGGCUCCGCGCCCCCCAACUUUUCGUGGGUGCUGCCGGGCCGCCUGGCCGGCCUGGCCCUGCCGCGGCUGCCCGCCCACUACCAGUUCCUGUGGGCGCAGGGCGUUCGGCACCUGGUGUCGCUGACGGAGCGGGCCCCCCCGCACGGGGACACCUGCCCCGGCCUCACCCUCCACCGCCUCCGCAUCCCGGACUUCCGCCCGCCCUCGCCCGACCAGAUCGACCGCUUCGUCCAGAUCGUGGACGGGGCCGUCGGCCGGGGAGAGGCUGUGGGCGUGCACUGUGCCCUGGGCUUUGGCCGGACGGGGACGCUGCUGGCCUGCUACCUGGUCAAGGCGCGGGGUCUGUCGGGCGGCCAGGCGGUGGAGGAGGUCCGCCGGCUGCGUCCCGGCUCCGUCGAGACCCCCGACCAGGAGCGGGCCGUCGUCCAGUUCUACCAGCGCACCAAGUGACGGGGGGACCUCUCCCCGGCCCGGGAUUCAGGAGGACCUGGGCGCCGAUCCCAGCCCCGCCACCCCUCGGCUGCCGGGUGACCUUGGGCAAGCCGCGC